AUGAGAAGGAUCAUAAGUCGUCUGGAAACUGAGACUGGAUUAGGCGGUACAUUAAACUGUGUCGAACAAGAAUUCUCAGCAUAUCAGAAAAAGACGAAGGAGUACCCUUUAAACAAAUGUUUCGAAAAUCCACCUGCAAUGAAACAAGAAGAUCUGGAUCAACUGGAUGAAUAUAUAAACCAACUAUUUACAUUGAAUCACUGGUAUGGUGUUCAUAGCACUUACAAGAAUCUAUACGAAACCCAAUUGAAGCUAUUGAGAGGCUAUUGA